AUGUCGCCAUCAACAUCCACUGCAGUACAGGAGUAUAUUGGACCAAAUUUAAAUGUCACAUUAACUUGUCCCGAGUGUAAAAUAUUUCCUCCAGAUUUAGUAGAAAGAUUUAGUGAAGGUGACAUUGUCUGUGGCAGUUGUGGACUAGUAUUGAGUGAUCGUGUUGUGGAUACGAGAUCAGAAUGGAGAACAUUCAGUAACGAUGACCAAAAUGGUGAUGAUCCUUCUCGUGUUGGUGAUGCGGGAAAUCCUUUAUUAGACACAGAAGACUUGUCCACCAUGAUAUCUUAUGCUCCGGAUAGUACGAAAGCUGGAAGAGAGUUGAACCGAGCACAAUCUAAAUCUCUAGUCGAUAAAAAAGACAAUGCAUUGGCUGCAGCGUAUAUAAAGAUUUCUCAAAUGUGUGAUGGUUAUCAAUUGCCUAAAAUUGUUCUGGAUGGGGCCAAGGAAGUUUACAAAAUGGUUUAUGACGAGAAACCAUUACGAGGAAAAUCACAGGAGAGUAUUAUGGCUGCAUCUAUUUUUAUUGGUUGCAGAAAGGCUAAUGUUGCUCGUUCAUUCAAAGAGAUAUGGGCUUUGACUAAUGUACCUCGUAAGGAGAUUGGUAAAGUGUUUAAGAUCAUGGACAAGAUCAUUCGUGAAAAGAAUGCUGCCAACCCUAAUGCUGCAUAUUACGGUCAAGACAGCAUCCAAACUACCCAAACCUCGGCCGAAGAUUUGAUUAGAAGAUUCUGUUCUCAUUUGGGUGUCAACACACAAGUCACAAAUGGUGCUGAAUACAUAGCCCGAAGAUGCAAGGAAGUUGGGGUUUUAGCAGGUAGAUCGCCAACUACAAUUGCUGCAACUGUGAUUUACAUGGCAUCGCUAGUGUUUGGAUUUGACUUGCCUCCUUCCAAGAUAUCCGAUAAAACUGGUGUUAGUGAUGGUACUAUCAAGACUUCAUACAAGUACAUGUACGAGGAGAAAGAAAAAUUGAUCGAUCCUUCGUGGAUAGAAAGUGGUAAAGUAAAAUUGGACAAAAUACCAAAGAAUUGA